GCUGCUCCUGUCCCCGCUGGCUCGCCGCCUGCUCUCGGCGUCACUCGGAAGAUGGCGCUGCGUGUCCAGGAGAGUCUGGCAGAAGUAGAGGUACUCUGUAACCACCUGUCUGGAGGAACUGAUCCAGCCCAGCAAACGCAAGCUGAGAAGGUCCUGCCAGAAUUUAUUGAUAGCCCUGAAUGUCUCAGCCAACACCAGUGGCUGUGGGAACAAGGCAUGGUGAGUGUCUGGGAGAUUCUAGCAGUAACGUGUCUGCCUAAGCUUGUCAGCAGCUCCCCACUGCCUGUUGAACACAGAAUUGACAUUCAUGAAAAUUACAUUCUGAGCUAUGUAUCUUUUCAACCCAAACUGGCUCCUUUUGUCAUCCAAGCUCUUAUUCAAGUCAUUGCUAAAAUUACAAAAUUAGGAUGGUUUGAUGUAUCAAAAGAUCAGCCUAUAUUCAGAGACAUUAUUACUGAUUUAAAAAAAUUUUUGCAGGGCACUGUGGACCAUAGUACAAUAGAAGUAAUGCUCCUCUCAGAACUGAUUUGGGAAAUUAAUCUAGUUGAUUAUUCAAGACCUUCAGCAAAACAUUGUAAAAUAGCUGCCACAUUCCAUGACACCUCCCUGAAGGACAUACUGAUGCUUGUGUGCUCUCUUUUGAAGGAGUUACUGUUGUUACAGGAGUGGAUCGAUAAAAUAUUCUUACUUACAGGAUUUAGAGUUUAUGCUUCUGGACAGCACUGGGAGUUUGCCCCAAACAGUGUUUGUUACUCUGUGGCAAAGGAUGGUGGGUCUGUACCCUUUGUGAAAACAGCAGAACCCCACCUCUUAGAAAUGUAUGCACCCCAGAUAGCAAAAGCUUACAUUACUUCUAGACUGGAAUGUGUUCCUCAAGUUGUAAGAGGUGGCUUAGCAGAUCCACUGGAUGAUACAGCAAUUUUCCAAAAGCAGGAGCAACUGUGCACAGUUAGCAGGCGUGAAUACCAAAAGACCUGUACGCUUCUUUAACAGUUGUUUGACUGAAAUGCACAAAACUACCAAAAACCAUUGCAGUCUCCUAGUAGGAAUCCAUUAGAAAUCACAGUUCAGGAAGGAGUGCUGGCAUGGCUGGUCUGUUCUGUGUGUACAUUUCUGGGAGGACAGUUAACACACACUGGUACUGAUGGGCACGAUGCCCUCGAUGGGGAGUUAACCUGUAGAAUUUUCCAGCUCAUCUCUUUGAUAGGCCAGUUACCCCUGUCUAGUAAUGAAAAAGUAGAACUGGCAAUUCUGUGGUUCUUGGAUCAGUUCUGUAAAACAUAUGAGGGAGACCAGCUUCAGCACACCUCAGAGGUCUAUGCCCAAAUGUCAGAAGCCUUGGGAAUAAUAGGUGACAACCUUAUGGAAGCAUUUAUGACAAAAAUUGUUACGAACAUUAAAUACUGGGGAAGAUGUGAGCCCAUGAUUUCAAGAACUCUUCAGUUUCCAAAUGACCUUUCUGUUGGAUAUCCUUUUUAUUGGAUAUGGCACAACAUUCUCCUGAAAAAGCUUGUGAAAAUAGAAGUGAAAUCUAUGCUUCAGAAUCACACAAGGAAGCACUUCCCUUUCCUGGAUGUCAGUGAGGAUUUGAGCCUCAGUGGCCCGAGGUGCUGGACAGUGUUCCACACUGCAUUGACAAGAGUGCAGGUCACAGAUUUGGGUGAAGAUGGGUAUGAGUUUGAGAACUUCAUGCUCCCCCUCUAAGUUUCAUUUGAAAGUGUGAUUCAGAUACUCAACAGUAGUGUUGAACAAAAAAAAGCAAAAGAGCUGUGGGACCAUGAACCAGCCUGCACAACCCUCAUCUUGCAGCUGGUGGCAGAAGUCAUGCAAAACAGAAUUCAAGGUUUAAGUUUUGAUGUAUCAUCUCCAAAUGGAAUUCUGCUCUUCAGAGAAGCCAGUAAAAUGAUUUGUAGGUAUACUAAUCAGAUCCUCUCUGUUGGGACUUUGUCAAAAGAUCGGGUUUAUCCAUUGAAACUCAAGGGCAUUUCCAUCUGUUACUCUGCCUUAUGUGGAAAUUCUGUCAGCUUCGGCAUCUUCAAGUUGUACAGGGACAACCACUUUGACAAUGUACUUCAGGCCUUUGUCAAAACGCUGCUUUCAGUAUCCCACAGUGACCUGCUAGCAAGCAAUUUCUCAUCUUGGGACCAGUCUUAUUACCCACUUUUGACAUGUCUGACCCAAGAUCAUAUGAGUUUCAUUACCAGUUUGGAACCUCACAUCUUUCUGACCUCAAUAUCUGAAGGACUUACUGCAGUAGAUAUGAUUGACUCCUCCAGCUGUUGUGCUGUUUUAGAUUACAUUGUCACCUACCUCUUCAGGAACCUUGCUAAAGACAAGAUUCUCAUAU